CACGUGUAUAUGCACACAAACAACGCUUCUACUUGAGUAAUUACGGGGCGUACGCUCGCGAUGCCUGCACUGCGCACGCCCAGUCGUCCGGUCACGUGCUCCUGUCAUGGCCACUUCCAUGGCCCGCGGCGGCUUGAACGCGGGGGUCCUGCUUCGAGCUGCCAGGCGUUCCCGGUGGCCGGAGGCUGGGGAAACGGCGGCGCUGGCUACCACGAGGACGUUGCGGACGACAGGUACGCGGCGGGCAGCCGAGGAGGAGGCCGGCGGUCCUGGGCCCGGGGACGUGGUGAACGUGGUGUUUGUGGACCGGGCAGGACAGCGGAUCCCCGUGACGGGCAGAGUCGGGGACAAUGUUCUUCAUCUGGCCCAGCGCCACGGGGUGGACCUGGAAGGGGCCUGCGAGGCCUCCUUGGCUUGCUCCACCUGCCACGUGUACGUGAGCCAGGCCCACCUGGAUCUCCUGCCCCCUCCUGAGGAGAGGGAGGACGACAUGCUAGACAUGGCCCCACUGCUCCAAGAGAACUCCAGACUGGGAUGCCAGAUUGUGCUGACCCUUGAGCUGGAGGGAGCUGAAUUCACCCUGCCGAAGAUCACCAGAAACUUUUACGUGGACGGCCACGUUCCCAAACCGCACUGAGAUGGACCACCAUGGCCCCAACGCCAAAACUUGAAAGAAGAACCCCGAUUUCCGGCCCAGAACACGGAUAGGCCUGCGAGAUGGUGGAAGCUAAAGGCUCUCACUUAAGCCCGUAUCAGGCUCUCAGAUGGGGGACGGACCGUGGAUUUGGGGUGCCUCCGCCAAUCGUAGUGUGAGUAGGUGUGGACUCGGAGCUGAGCUGAAAUAAAACAGUCGCACAGA